ACUUAGACCUAAUUGCUUCCAGCAGGCCUUUCCGUGGCUGCAUCACGCUGCUUCCGUCAUGUGAUGAGGGAUGUUGUUAAUGGGAGGCUGUGCUUCGGCUGCGUGGAGGAAACCCUGAAGGACACAAUCUUUGUGGACUUGGGACUGGUUCAGCUAUGACAUCUUAAAGUGGAACUCAGACCGGUCUGCUCUUCAGCUCUUGGACUUCAUGACACCCUUCCUAAAUGGCCGAGGAGGUUCUCAUUCCACCGCCCGGGAAAAUUACAGCGCAUCUGACAGGCUCGUUGCUAGCCGUGGCUUUUCUUAGCUCCUUUGGGAGUUCCAUGCUUUACGGAUACAAUCUAGCGGUCGUCAACUCUCCCGCUGUGUACAUAAAGGACUUCUACAACGUGACCGUGCUGAGCCGCAAUGGAACAGGACUUAGCGAGGAGACGCUGACGCUCAUGUAUUCACUCACAGUGUCCGUAUUUGCCAUCGGGGGUCUGCUGGGUUCUCUCAUUGUGGGAGUGCUGGUCACUCGCUUUGGCAGGAAAGGCACGGUGGUAAACACAACCAUGCUGGUUUUUAUUGCUGGUUCACUCAUGGGCUUCAGCAGAAGUUGUGCUUCACCUGAGAUGCUCAUAUUGGGUCGUUUCAUCACAGGAAUCCACUCAGGUAUUUCUUUAAGUGUAGUUCCGAUGUACCUGGGUGAGAUCGCACCCAAGAACCUCAGGGGUUUUCUGGGGUUGGUGCCCAGCAUCUUUAUCGGCGCAGGAGUUUUCGCUGCCCAAAUCCUUGGAUUACAUGAACUUUUAGGGAAGGAGGAAUAUUGGCCCCUGUUCCUUUCUGUGGUGGUGGUACCCACGUUUAUCCAGCUGAUACUGUUGCCAUGGUUCCCGGAGAGCCCCAGAUACCUGCUGAUCGAGAAGCACAAUGUCCACGCUACCAUCACAGCUCUGAAGCGGUACAGGGCCAGUUGCAACAUCCAGGCUGAGAUUGAGGAGAUGCAGGAGGAGCAGCGCUCCCUGUCGUCCGUGGAGACGCUGUCAGUUUGGCGUCUCCUUCUGGACAAGACCGUUCGAUGGCAGAUCCUGACCGUGGUGGUCAUCAACAUUGGCAUGCAGCUCUCUGGCAUCGAUGCUAUCUGGUUUUACACCAACGACAUCUUCAAGAACGCAGGAAUCCCAGAGCCGGAGAUCCCGUACACCACAGCAGGAACAGGAGUCAUCGAGAUCAUUGCUGGACUCGUCGGGUGUUUCACCAUCGAGAGGCUGGGCAGGAAGCCUCUUAUGAUUGGCGGCUUCACCAUGAUGGGCGUCUGCAGUGCUGGCAUAACCUUUGCCUUGCUGUUACAGACUCAGUUGCCUUUCAUGCGCUACGUCAGUGUUGGCUGUGUGGUUGGAAUCAUCGCUGGCUUCUGUAUCGGCCCAGCUGGGGUUCCCUUCUUGGUCACAGCUGAGCUCUUUAAACAAUCCCACCGUCCGGCAGCCUACAUUGUGGGCGGAUCCCUCAACUGGCUCUCCAACUUCACUGUGGGCUUCGUUUUCCCCUUCUUGCAGGUAAAACACACUAACCGUGAACUUCAUCGGAUUACUUCCUUCAGGUCCUUCACGGCGUAUCCAUGGUGGUCCUCAUACCUGCUCGCUUUUGACUUAAUUGCCCUCUUUCUAGCACAGCAGAACAUCUCCAAUGUUGCUGACCACGGGUGUAGACCAGCAGAUCAGUCAUUGUUGUCUUUGUGUUCCAAGCAGAUGUCAGCUGGGUCUUACUGCUACUUGGUAUUUGCCAGCAUCUGCCUGUCCGUGGCCGUCUACGUUUAUGCCGUCAUUCCCGAAACCAAAAACAAGACCUUCAUGGAGAUCAGUCGCUUGUUCUCCAAGCAAGAACCAGUUCUGGAGACCCAGUGCCUUCUUCUUGUGGAUCAGAUGCAACUGAAGAAGAUGAACGGCUACGGAGUGCUGAAAGCUGCUUCAUUGGAGUUUGACAGCUCUUCCUCGUCACCGUAACAAACAGGUUUCUGGUUUUUGAAAGUUCUCUAAAUCUCCAUACUGUAUUUGUUCCAAGCUGGAGGUUUCCACUCAGGUUCAAAACACUGCUGAAAAUACUCUAUGUUGCCUUCUACUGGUAUGUGCCAACCUGAUCCUCGUAGUCCACAUCAGGCUGUGACGGCUAAUAGCUAACGGCUAGCAACUGCUCAGCAAAGUCCCGUGCUACAAAGCGUUCCGGCCACUCCAUCCUGGUUUACGGAAUGUUAUGGAAUCAAUUGUUGCGUAAUGAAUUCUACAUUUACCUGAUAUUGUGGGCUCUUGCAUCGGAUUGGAGGGAUUCUAUAUUUUCUUCCCAUAUCCAACACAGUACAUUUGGCCAAUACGGGAUCGAUGCCGAUACUGGGUGUCGGAUUGAACCGUCCCUAAUGGAAACAUAACGGGAAUGAUGGGAAGACAAUAACAAUUAUGGUUUACUCAUAUCAGCAGUCUAAAGCAAACGAUUGUCUGGGCACAUACCGUAUGUGUGGAUGAUAUCCAUACGUAUUGAUGAUAUCGGUUAUACGUAUUGGCGAUAUCGGUUUGUACGGAUGCUAUCCAUACAGUAUCAACUAAUUGCUUGUCUGACUUUGGGUUUGUGCAAUUGAAAUGCAGUUGAUAUCAAUUAGAUGACGUUCAAGUUUAUAAAUGUAUAAAGCUAGUUAUUUUAUUCACAUUAUAUUUUCUGUGCUUUUGUCCUUUAGAUAAUGCAAAGGCAUAUUACUCAUUUGUGACUAAAUAGAAGUGCACUACAGUAUGUACAAUUAUGAGUACUUGUAUCUAGAGCUGUACAGUAAGCAAGCUAAAAUGUUUUUGUUUUUUUAAUAUUAAAAAUAUGUUUGAAGUAUUUAAGAAGAGUGUUGAA